AUGGAGAAGCCUGCCCGGCUGCAAGUGCCUUACGUGGCCGCUGCAGUGUCACUUGGCUGCAUAUUGACGGUGGCCGUUGUACUGCCCGUCCUGCAUAUCCAGCUCGACAUGGCACAGACGAGGCUUCAAGCUCGGAUGGACUCCUUCAAGUACACUGCUCGUAACAUCUGGCAAGACAUAGUUCUUGUGAAAAGUCAUGGAAGAAUUCGUCGUCAAGGAUAUGGAAGCUACGAGACGGCAAACGACAACCAACAGUGCACUUCAUGUGUGCAACUUCAGUGCCCUCCGGGACCACCUGGCCCUCCAGGAGUUAACGGGGAACCUGGAAUGGAUGGUGCUCCUGGACGUCCAGGUAAGCCUGGACUUGAUGGACUUGACGUACCGCUUGAUCCUGAACCGAGCUUCCCAUGCGUGAUUUGUCCGGCAGGUCCUCCUGGAAAUCGUGGUCCACAAGGAGAAACAGGUCGUCCUGGAGUUGCCGGAGAACCAGGACAUCCAGGUUUACCAGGGCGACCGGGAAAGCCGGGACGUGUUGGGGACGCAGGACCACAAGGGGAACCCGGAGAAAAGGGUGAACCCGGGAUUAAAGGUCCACCAGGAGACGAUUCUCUUGGCGGAACAGGAGUCAAAGGGCCACCAGGGCCACCAGGACCCCGUGGACCUAAAGGACCACCGGGCGCUAAUGGGCUGCCGUCGCAAAACCCUGGCCCUGCUGGUCCGCCUGGAGAAAUGGGACCUCCUGGUCCACCUGGGCCACGAGGAGAGCCUGGGCCUCCAGGACCAUUUGGACCUCCAGGAGAUGCAGGAGAACCUGGUGGACAUUGCCCAUCAUCGUGUGGAGUCCAAGAAAUCGUUGCUCCUUCGGUUUCUGAGCUUGACACCGGCGAGUAUCCUCAACAGAACUAUCCUCAAGGUGGUGGUGCUCGUGGAGGCUACAGUGGUGGAUACGGAAAGAAAUAA